AUGACCUCAUCAGUAAGAAGUUUCCAAAACUGUUCAGAAGCAGAUGUUCCAGGUUACAAUGAUUGUCCUAGUUUCUUAUUCCAAGUUAAUAAUAACAACAAUAACAAAAGACAAUCCAAUUUCAAAAUAACUCCAAAAGUUUAUGAUCUUUCAGGUAAUACUAAAAUUCCAACGAUACCACCUCCACCAUUGAGACGUAUCAACAGAAGAUCUAUCUCUUCAAGAAGCAUAAUAUCGUCGUCGUCAAAUAGUGAGGAUAAUCUGGGUGAUGAUCAACCACCAACUGUCAUUCCUUCCCCGGUCAUCACAGAAACCAUUGAGCUAGCAACGUCUCCCACACAGCAACGAAAUGAAUCGCUUUCAGACGUAGAAUCAUUGUCUAGGGACGAACUUGUAAAUAAAAUUGAAAGGCUGUUCAAUCAAGAUUCAAAAUUAUCAGAACAAGAAUUCCAAUAUUAUAAGAAGAAAGUGGAUUCAAAUAUUCAUCAAAGUUUAAAUAAUGAUCUAACGAAAAUUAUAUUGACACAAUUCUUUAAAGAAUCAAAUCAAAAUCAACAUAAGGCUAAGAAAUUAUUAAUGGAUUGGAUGGUAUCUGACAUGUCUAUUACUAAUUGGUGUCCUGCAUUUUUGAAAAUCGUAGAGAAUUCCACUACUUGUUAA